AUACGAAAAUAAUUAUGAAACUGAAAUAACCUAAAAAUAGAACAGAAAAUAUAAGAAAAUGUAAAUAAAUAUUGAACAUUUUCCUGCUCGAAAGAUUUUUUCCACGAAUUCAUACGUUAACACGAAUCAACACGAUGUUACAGCGAAAAUAUUUGGUUAGCCAUAUCCACACUUUCUUAGAGAAAUACUCAGCAUCUUUUCCAUCAGUUUUAAUUGUGGAUAAAAAACAGUUUUCCAAGUCUAGCGAAAGCAUACCCAAACAUGCAAGAGUCAUUAUAUGUGGUGGAGGAGUGAUGGGGGCAUCUGUGGCAUAUCACUUAGCAACAUUAGGAUGGGGAUAUGAAACAAUUCUUUUUGAAAAGAAUAGGGUUGGAGGAGGAACAACAUGGAAUACUUCUGGAUUAGUUGGUGUUUUUAAACCAAGCCUUGCUCAAGUUAAACUUACUAGAUCAAGCGUGGAGCUUUAUAAGACCUUAAAUUCAAAAGGAUUACAAACUGGAUGGAAACAGUGUGGUAGUCUGAAUAUUGCUAGGACCAAAGAUAGGAUGACCAUGUUUCGAAGAAUGAAAGCUCAAUCUGUUUCAUGGAAUAUUGAUUGUGAGCUACUGACACCUGCUCAAUGCAAGGAAAAAUGUCCAUUAUUGUAUGUAGACGAUUUAGUUGGUGGCAUAUGGAUACCAGAAGAUGGAAUAGGUGAUCCGUAUAAAGUUUGCACUUCACUCUUGGAAGAGGCUAUAAAAAUGGGAGUUACAGUUGUUGAAAACUGUCCUGUAACAAAGGUUAUUCAAGAAAAUGAUCGUGUUACGGGUGUGGAAAUAGAAAAUGGAAAAAUCGAUUGUGAAUUUUUUGUCAAUUGCUCUGGAUUUUGGGCAAGAGAGGUUGGGCACUUAUCUGAGCCUUAUGUGAAAGUUCCAUUACAUGCUGUGGAGCAUUACUAUCUCCAUACAAAAUAUGUUCCUGAUUUGAAUCCUUUGACUCCAGUUGUCCGCGAUCAAGAUGGAUAUAUUUACUUCAGAGAAAAUAAUGGUAGGUUAUUAGCUGGUGGUUUUGAGCCUGUUGCCAAUCCGGCUUUUGAGAAUGGAACCAUGCCAGAUAGCAAACAGAAAAGUAUUUUGGAAGCGAAUUGGGAUCAUUUUCAUAUCCUUUUAGAACAGUUAUUACACAGAGUACCUUGCUUGGAAAAUGUUGUGUUAGAUCGCCUUUGUAACGAACCGGAAGCUUUCAGCCCAGAUUGUAAAUGGAUAGUUGGAGAGUCACCUGAGAUUCAGAAUUAUUAUGUGGCCGCUGGAAUGAAAACAGUAGGUAUAGCUGCAGCGGGUGGAGUUGGUCAAGCAACUGCUGAGAUGAUUGUUUACAAUGAUACUGGUUUCGAUAUGUACGAGUUGGAAGUAUCACGUUUCUUGGGAUUGCACAACAACAGAAAAUUCUUGAGAGAUCGAGUUAGAGAAGUUCCAAGUUUACAUUAUGCGAUAAACUUUCCCUUUCAUGAGUUUGUUACUGGUAGAAAUUUAAGAAUGUCUCCUGUUUACCCCAAAUUGAAAGAGGCUGGUGCCGUUUUCGGUCAAACAAUGGGGUAUGAACGACCAACCUGGUUCGAAGAACCACACUCGGAAGAGGAUGCAUCAAAUAAGUCAAUUGAAGAUUGGGCGACUGACUUUCAACUUGCAUCAGCAAAAAGCUUUGGAAAACCACAUUGGUUCGAUAGAGUAGGACUGGAAUAUGCUUGUUGUAGAGAAGGAAUUGGUUUGAGUGAUUAUUCUUCUUUUACCAAGAUUGAUUUAUGGUCUAAAGGAGAUGAAGUAGUUGAUGCUCUUCAAUAUAUAUGUUCCAAUGAUGUAAAUGUUCCUGUUGGGAGUAUUAUUCACACAGGAAUGCAAAACAAAAAUGGAGGUUAUGAGAAUGAUUGUUCUCUAGCUCGAAUAUCCGAGAAUCGGUACAUGAUGAUUGCACCAACAAUUCAGCAGACUAGAUGUAAGGUUUGGCUUCAGCGCCAUCUACCAAGAAAUGUAGCAAUGUCGGAUGUAACCAGUAUGUUCACAGCCCUCUGUAUAAUGGGUCCAUUUACACGAAUUUUGCUAUCUGAAAUGACUGAAACAGAUUUAAAUCCAAAAAAUUUCCCAUUUUUCACACACAAAACAUUAGACAUUGGACUUGCUACUGGAGUUAGAACAAUGAAUUUAACGCAUACUGGAGAACUCGGUUAUGUUUUGUACAUUCCCAAUGAGUUUGCUCUUCAUGUUUAUACAAGUCUUGUUGAGGCUGGAAAAAAAUAUGGUCUUCGCCAUGCGGGUUAUUAUGCGACAAGAGCUCUGCGAGUAGAAAAAUUCUAUGCCUUCUGGGGACAAGAUUUGGAUACUAGAACAACACCUUUGGAAUGUGGGAGAGUUUGGCGUGUGAAAUUUGAUAAAAAUAUAGAUUUCAUCGGGAGAGAUGCCUUAUUACGUCAAAGAGAUGAGGGAAUUGAGCGUAAAUAUGUGCAGCUAAUUUUGGAUGACGAUUUUUGUUCCGAUACUGAUCUCUGGCCAUGGGGAGGAGAGCCUAUAUACAGAAAUGGAAAAUUUGCUGGAACUUGUACUACUACUGGUUAUGGGUAUACCUUCAAGAAACAGGUUUGCUUAGGGUUCAUUCAAAAUAUUGGUCCAAAUGGUGUACCACUGAAAGUCACUAAUGAUUAUGUUAUGAGUGGUGAAUAUGAAAUUGACAUUGCAGGAAUAAAGUUUCCGGCAAAAGUGAAUAUUCACUCGCCAAUUCUACCAACCAAAUAUCCAGAUCAAGAGCGUGAUGUUUAUAGGGCAACAAGAAACAAGGAUAAAUUUGAUGCUUAAUCGUGAUAUUCCAAUUAUGCAAUGUAAAUACCAGUAUUUUGAAUAAGGUUGUAAAUAGAUCACUCAACAAAUAAAUAAAAUAAUUUUGAAAUAA